UUGGUUACUAACCAAAUUUUGGUCAUAGUUUUGCUCGAUUUGACCACAACAAAAAGUGACAAAAAUGGAAAAGAAAGCUCACACCCUCUGAAAGUUUCUAACGUCUAGUCCUGAUAUUGCUUAUACAUACAUACAUAUGCAUACGUAUCUUCCCCACGACAGUUUCUUACGUAAUUCUCGAAAUUCAGACAAUGGGUUGCCGACAUUUCGGGUUUCAAUUCGGGCUCUGCGUUAUCGCCGCGAUCCUCUCCCUCCCGUCGGCCACGGCAGCGAGGUUCGAGGUGAGGAACGAGAUCACGAAAUAUCCAGGACGAAACCGGAGAGUGACGAUCAAGUGCUGGUCGGCGAACGACGAUCUCGGCACGCACGUGAUAUUGCCGGGCCAGGCCAAGCGCUGGUCGUUCGAGCCCGUGUCCGUGAAGAUACCGUUCCUGUACACAAAGUUCGAGUGCGAUUUCAAGACGUUCUUCAACUCGCCCGAGGGCCAAAAGACCGUGGUUUUCGAGGGCGGGAUGGCUUUCCGUUGGGAAUGCGACCAGCCGAGAGCCAAGGAAUGUAUAUGGGUCGUCAAGAGAGACGGGCUGUUCCUGCGCAAAAUCGUUAGAGACAAGACAGACCGACCACGCUAUUCCGACGAGCUGAAGCUGCAAUGGCUAGGCGGUACAAACUACUUCGCACAUGAAGAUGAUUCUUGAAUCCUGUCUGGUUC